UCUAAAUAGAGGAGGCGUUGCAUUGGUGAAAAUAGUUUCCCUUCUCUAGUAUUAAUGCAUAGGUAUUCUGUGGUUCUACCGACGUAGUGAAGAACGUAGCGAAACAGUAUGCUGUCAGAUAUAAUUCUAUUUGGAACCUUGCUGCUGAACGCCGGUGCCGUCAUAAACUUCAAGCUGCCCACUAGCCGGGAUGAUGGAUUUGUAGAGAAACUGGAGGUGACAGCUGGUAAGAUUGAUUUGCUCAAGUUGGGGACAGCACGUUGCAUCAAGUUCAUCUCUUUCCAGAUUCUUUGGUUCGUGAUGAAUCCAAGCCCUCAAGCAGAAAAUGGCAGUGUUUUGAAUAAAGAUCUUCAUAAAGCAUGUUUUGUAUAUACACUCAAUGAAAAAAUGAAAGAUACUUUCGCUCUCUGCAGCUAGCAUCUGUGGCUCAAAUGUAGUAUAG